AUGUCAGCAGAUAUGUACUUCCUUCGUACGCCGGAAUCCGACGAUUAUGAUCGAUGUUUUCGUGCCUUGGUGAGGGAGAUCAUCCGCGCAGUCACCACCAUUGGUGGAUCCGCAGCCAAAGGGCUAGCGCUGGUGCAUUCGAGUCAGCCACAUCUUUCUAUGCUGUUCGCGCUUACAAAAUCGACCUGCUCGAAAGCGUCUUCUUGGAACGCCGACGAUUUGCUUGUAGUGUAUACAUUUAUCUCUCUCAAACAGCCUGAUUCUGGAAUGCAGGUUACCCCCUUCUCGCAUCUCUUCAUGUUCGCCAUCUGCAAUAACAGCCGUACGAUUGUUUCUUUCGACAAUAGCUCCACACUGCUCAAGAUCAGCUGA